AUGACGACGGAAGUGGUGAGCGUCUUCGGCAACCUACUACCAGGGCUAGCGACGAACAUGAGAGAGACCUCGAAGCAGCCGAGAGAAAUGGACCGGGAGACCGAGAACGCACCGAACAAGCGACCCAAAGCGGCCCGGCGAGGACAGCGGGGAGGCCGGCGGCAAAUUGCAGACGAGAACCUGAACUCGGUGGUGACGCUCCUGGCAAAUCUGUCGUUGCAGCAGGAGGACGCCCUGAACCGUCUACGCCUGGACACAUCCUUCACUUUCCACCUCCAGCAACAAGGCCCAGGAACCAUAUUGCUGCCGCUUUUCAAGGCGGGGCAGGAAUGGCAACAAAAACAGAAGAAAGGAGAGAACGUCCCCCCGAUGAGAAUCGUUGCGCUGGGCCUCCUGCUGAAAGAGGUCGCGGCAAGAGUCCAACUGAUGGUGGGAGAUCCCACGGCCGUGGAGAAUGCGAUGAAGCAUCAGUGGCUCGACCAGCAGAAGCGCUUCGUGUAUCAGGAGUGGAACUCGGCCACCAAACAGGUGGAGCCGUCGGCGACAGCCAAGAGCCUGAAGGUGGAAGAGGCGACGGAGCUCAUCAACCAGGUCGCCGAGCUGUGUCUUCCGGAUCUGGUCACCAGGUUCUGCGCCCAAAGGCGUCCCAAGCAAGAGCCCCAGGAAGGCGACAAAGCAGUGUUCCUCAUCGAAGUAGCCAUGCGAGAUCCGAGAGCAAACAUCCUGCAUCAGAAACUGCGACAGUUGGCCAACUGCGCGGUGUGGAAUGUGGUGGGAGCGCAACUGCAGCCGCCAAACCAGCAACGCCACGGACUGGCAAUGGCACUGCAAAAGGCCCUGGAAAACAUCUGA